AUGCCUGUCAGCGAUGACCUCAGUUUGAGUGUGGCCGAACAGCUUGGAAAUGCCGAGACCUCAGAUUUUUUGUCAGGUGGUGGUGCCUUAGAUGACAGUGCUUUUGGUGACGGUGAACUUGGUAGACAUGAGUUGCCAUGGGAUUCAACCACAGGUCCAAAUCAUGGUCAGGCACAACUGGGUUCCAGGAAUUGUGCGGCUUUGGCAUUGGGUGCAAGUCAGGUGCCAAGAGGGCCAGUGAUUUCGGAAUCCAGUUUUGAGCAACUGUUGUCGCAUGCAUACUUGGGCACCAGGGGUCAGUUGACUGUUAAGAUGCCUUGGGAGCGUGGAGUUUUCAAGAAGGUCUUUCAGAAACCUGCAACUGGUAUUCAGCAUGUUUUUCAGCAGCCAAGAAUUUGGGUCAAUUACAACCUGGAGUCUGUUGCAGAGACCUUGGAAGACUUGCACGAGCCGACGGCAAAACGUCCAGAGCUGGUUGGAGCCUUUUUCGAACAUGCUUUAACUGCGGUGUCUGAUUUGUCAUUUCAUCAGCAACGCACUGGUCUUCUGGAAACAGCAGUGGAAAAAUGGUUCUGCAUCAUCACGGUGAACAUGCUGGCAUCCUCGACGGGCAGGGACAUCAUCAGUUUUGGAAACAUGGAUGAUCAGAAGCGAGGGGCCUUUGAAACUAUUGAAGCUGUGAUUGGUAUCAGAUCUAGGACCACGGCUAUCACCAGGGCAAACUCCUUGUUGAAAUUCCUGCGCUGGAGGGCGGAGUGUUCUGACAAUGAUGGCAGGCCCUUUGAGGAGCAGGAGGCAUGGCAGUAUUUGAAGGAGUUGAGAGAAACUGGAGUUCUCAUGCUGCAUGAAUUGUUGGAUGCUACAGAUUGCAAUGUGGUUGACAGGGCAGUUGCUGCAUACCUCCUUGUAGCCCUGUAUGGGAGAUGUCGGCACAGUGAUUUGCAAAACAUUGAAGACGUUUUCAUAGAUUUGGGUCCAGAAGGAGAAUAUCUUGAGAUUACAACGAGGACGCACAAGACCUCGAGGACAGCAUCUCAGAAAUCCAGGUUGUUGCCCGUGGUUCUGCCAGCCAUAGGUGUGCAAGGGCGAGAGUGGAUCACGGCUGCGAAGAUGGCCUUCAAAGACUAUGGCCUCAGCCUGGAAGGCCAUAUCGGUGGACCUUUGUUCAGACCGCCGGGUGCCGAUGGGAACAGCCACUGCAAAAGGGGCCUUACCUCACAAGAGGUAUCAAGGUUUUUGAGAGUCAUGUUGGGUGAGAACAUGACACAUGACAAGGAGAGCGGGCCAAAGUUGUCGUCGCACUCACUCAAAGCGACAGUCCUCUCUUGGGCGGCGAAGGCAGGCAUGGCGGCUCAGUACAAGUCCAUUUUGGGGCGGCAUGUGAGUGCAUACACAGAUUCAAGUGCUGUCUAUGCAAGGGACUUGUCAAUAGGUGCGGUGUCACGCCUUCAAGAGGUUGUUCUGCAGAUAUACAGAGGAGAGUUUCUGCCUGACGCGCCUCGAAGCGGGUAUUACCCAGUGGCCAUGCCUGUUGUUGAAGCACCUGAGUUGCCAGAUGCAGAAGUGAUCAAGGUUGAAGAUGAUGCUGCAUGUCAGGAGCUGGAUAUGGAAGUUCCGGUGGCUGACAGCCAACUGUGUGAAGAGGCUUGCAGUGCCUCGUCAGAUGGCUCUGAGUCGUUGGAAGGUUCUGACUCCGAAGAGGAGAUAGUGCCACCAACACCCAAGUGCUAUAGGCACGUUGCAGCUGGCCCUCUGGAGGGGAAAUUUGUGAUGCACAAAGUGUCACACUUGGUGCACUACGUUGACUCUGGAGUGAAGGGAGGCCUGGCAACCAAGGUCAUUUCAUGCGGCAGAGCUCUGAACAACAACUACAAGACCGUGGAGAGAUUUGACACGGACCAAGUGAAUACAGCCGAUGCUUCUUCCAUAAAGAAGGUGCCGGUGGCGGAGCGUGAAAAGCAAGACACCCCAGACAUGACUGUCACCUCAGCACUCCAAGUACAAGAAGCUUUCCAGCGGCGCGGCAUAGCACUGGUGUUUGCAGAUCUCAUCACCCAUGAGAGUUACACCAGGUACCUCACAACUCUUUGUGGUCAUUUGCAUAGGGACCCACCAACAGGGUACGCGAGGACCACAGUGAGUCAAUUGGUGACAGCUGAUCGAACAGUGUGGCAGAUGUUGUUGGAGGAAGGCGUGCAGCCAAAGAGAGAUGAGAUGGGAAGCUUGGCGCUUGAUACAAAGCUCAUGGAGAGUCUCCAGAGUUAUCGUGUUUCUUUCUCGUUGCUGCCUCUCAUAGCAAAGAAGGAUGCCACGCCCAGCCCGACGAAGAUUACAAAGCCUUCUAUCAGCCAUGGAGGAAAAGGAGCCAAUUUGCAGGUCCAAAAGCCAUGGAUCAAGAACAAAGGAGGUAAGAAAGGCGGAAAAGGCAAGGUGAGGGUGCCGAACCAUAUCUUUAAGCUGGGCGGCACGGCAUCAAAUCCGGCGGGUGAGGCAAUAUGUUUUGGAUUUAACAGUGGUUCUGGAUGCAGUGAAGUUUUUUGUGGCAGUGCCAGGGUAACAGCAUCCUUGAAGGAAGUGGGACUCACCCAGUCCUUUGGGGUCGAUCACGUCUUAGACAAGGUACCCAUUGCCCCAAUGCAGCGUCUCAAAGACGCCUGGCAAAUUCCGGCGGCUUGCUCAUCCAAGAUGAAGGAGAUUCCAGAGUUCAUGGAAGAAGCAGUAGCAAGGGGUCACCCCAAGUUGUUUGCGAGGCUGGUACCUGAAGUUCUGCAGGAAGGAGACAAAGCUGAGGACUUUGCAAAGGAGUUUGGAGCAUUGGGCAUACGUAUCAUGUUAG